AUGGCCUCAGCUGCUUCCGUGACCAGCCUGGCAGAUGAGGUCAACUGCCCCGUCUGCCAAGGGACCCUCAGAGAACCGGUCACCAUUGACUGUGGCCACAACUUCUGCCGCGUCUGCCUCAUCCGCUACCUGGAGAUCACCAGCCUGGACCCCGAGGAGCCCCCGACCUGCCCACUCUGCAAGGAGCCUUUCCGCCCAGGGAACUUCCGGCCCAACUGGCAGCUGGCCAACGUGGUGGAGAACAUCGAGCGUCUCAAGCUGGUGUCCCAGAUGGACUUAGACGAGGAGGAUGUCUGCCCAGAGCACGGGGAGAAGGUCUACUUCUUCUGCGAGGACGACGAGACGCAGCUGUGCGUGGUGUGCCGGGAGGCCUGGGAGCACCGCGCCCACACCGUGCGCUUCCUGGAGGACGCAGCGGGGCCCUACCGGGAACAAAUACAGAAGUGUCUUGAAUGUCUAAGAAAAGAGAGAGAGGAGAUUCAAGAAAUUCAGUCAAGGGAAAAUCGAAGAAUACAAGUCCUCCUGACUCAGGUGGCCACCAAGAAACAAAAGGUGAUUUCUGAGUUUGCACAUCUGAGCCAGUUCCUGGAAGAGCAGCAGAACAUCCUAUUAGCCCAGCUGGAGAAGCUGGACGAGGACAUCCUGAAGCAUCGGGAUGAGUUUGAUGUCCUGGUCACUGGGGAGAUCGGCCGGUUCAACGCCCUCAUUGAGGAACUGGAGGAGAAGAAGGAGAGGCCGGCGAGGGAGCUCCUGACGGAUAUCAGAAGCACUCUAAUAAGAUGUGAAACCAGAAGGUGCCGGAAACCAGUGGCUAUAUCUCCGGAGCUAGGCCAGAGGAUUCGGGACUUCCCCCAGCAAGCCUUCCCGCUGCGGAGGGAGAUGAAGAUGUUUCUGGAAAAACUCAGCUUUGAGUUGGAUUAUGAGCCAGCGCACAUCUCUCUAGACCCCCGGACUUCCCACCCCAAGCUCCUGCUGUCCGAGGACUACCAGCAGGCUCGUUUCUCCUACAAGUGGCAGAAGUCACCGGACAACCCCCAGCGUUUUGACCGGGCCACCUGUGUCCUGGCCCAUGGUGGCUUCACAGGGGGGAGACACACGUGGGUGGUGAGUGUGGACUUGGCUCACGGGGGCAGCUGCACCCUGGGCGUGGUCAGUAAGGACAUCCGCCGGAAGGGGGAGCUUCGGCUGCGGCCGGAGGAGGGGGUGUGGGCGGUGAGGCUGGCUUGGGGCUUCGUCUCAGCCCUGAGCUCCUUCCCCACUCGACUGACCCUGGAGGAGCAGCCCCAGCAGGUGCGGGUGUCCAUCGACUACGAGGUGGGCUGGGUGACCUUUGCCAACGCCGUCACCCAGGAACCCAUUUACACCUUCACUGCGUCCUUCACCCAGAAGGUCUUUCCCUUCUUUGGGCUCUGGGGCCGAGGGUCCAAGUUCUCCCUGAGCUCCCAAGAGGAUGCAGCUACCAUGUCCUAA